GCUGGCGGCGAGGCGGGCCUGGCAGCUGUUGCUGAGUCCCGCAUGGCGCUGGCGGCCCGCCCCGAGGUGCUGGGCUUCCGGGUCCCUACGGAGAGCGGCAAGGCCCUGCUGGUCUGGGGGUUGGAGGAGGGGGCGGAGGUGAGACCCCCUCCCCGCGAGCUGCAGGCCAGGGCGGGGCCUCCCCGGGUCACCGCCGGAAUCGCUGAUGCCCAGGGGCACCAUUCUCUGUUUUCAGUAUUUUCUGAAUUUGGGUUGCUGUAUUCAGUUCGAGUUCACAGAAAUGCUGCAGUCGCGGGGCCUGGGUUUUAUGCUCUGGUCAAGUUCUAUUCAGCUAGAGAUGCCUGCAGAGCCCAACGCGCGUGCAACAGGCAAAGAUUAUUUCAGAAAUCUCCCUUAAAGGUUUGCAUUUGCACCAGACAGAAGGCCUUUCAGCAGCAAGUCCUUGCUCUGAGGAGUUACAAGUGUAAGGAAUUAGCCAAUUACUACCUUGGCUUCAAUGGCUGGUCGAACCGGAUCAUUACGCUGCAGAAUAUUUCUGGGUUUGACGUGGAGAAUGAGGAGCUUGGAGGGUUACCAGAGAGGCAGUGCCUGAAAUACCUGUGCGUUGUGGAAGUAACACUGCCCCAUCAUGGGAUCUGCACCAGAGGACUUGGCAUUGGUGAGGCAUACGUAGAAAAUGGCCGAGAUCCCCUUGAGUUUGUCAUGAAAACAGGAAAUGUUCAGAAACUUGCAGCUGAGAGAGCUCUGUCGGAUGCAUUUCAGAAGAUACUUCUCAUAGUUUUAGAGAAUGGUAAGGUGGCUGUGGAGUACAACUCUGCCCAAGAGGAACCUAUUGAUUCCUUAACAGACGAGGAGCUGAAGGGACUUAUUCAGGUCAAUGACUUGUCCUUGGAGCAGCUGAACCUUGAAGAAGAAGAAGAAUUCUUGUCUGAUUUCUGUUUUGAUGAAGAGCACCUUCUGGAGGAGAGACAAUCUAAUUAGUGUGGCUUAAAGUAUUCUGGGAGUUUUACAGUAUUUCAAAACGUUGCUCAGGAAUGAAAGCAUAAGGCUGUGACAUUGCACAUGCUAAAUGUUUUAGAUGCCUUAUUUCUUUCUGAUUAUACAGUGGUGGAAAUAAAUGGAUCAUCUACUGUUACUAAAAUAAAGACAGACAAACAUAGCUAAGGA